AGAUCUCGCGAUGUUCCGUACACGCUAUGUUGCAUACGCGACUUAAAUAGCUGCGCGAUCAAAGUCCUCCUUCGUCUUGCUGAGCUCUCCUCUGCGACCUGGAAACGUGUUAGUUGACAGAAGAGAUGAAUAUUCUGACUGUUUUGCCCUCCAAUUUUGGAUACGUCAUAUUCACUUACCUAUACAGUUGGGUUAUGCUGGCUUAUUUAGCUGUAAAAGUUGGAGCAGCCCGGAAGAAGUAUGACGUUAAGUAUCCAACGAUGUACAGUGACAAGGAGCAAGUGUUCAACUGUAUCCAGAGAGCCCAUCAGAACACACUUGAGGUGUAUCCUCAGUGGCUUGUUUUCCAGACCAUCGCAGCCCUCGUUUACCCGUUAACAGCGUCGAUACUCGGGGCCAUUUGGGUGACGAGCAGACUUUCCUAUGCUUGGGGCUAUUACACUGGAGAUCCCGCAAAGAGAAUGAAUGGCGCCUAUGGCUACAUUGGAUACUUCGGAGUGAUCUUUCUGUCCAUAUCUGUAGCCUUGCAAUUGCUUGUAGUUUUUUAAGAUUAUUUUCAGAAAGAAAAGAUUGCUCUUGUCUUUUCCAGUAUGACUGAAAAUAUUCUUCAAGUCUACAAAAUAGCAUGUUGGUUUGACAUGCAGUAGCCUCACCUUAGUUUGCAGCAUUUAAGCAACAACUGAUACUGAAAAUGCAUAUCAUAGUCAAAAGAAAAUCCACUGUUUUGAUCUGAACUGACAACAUAAUUACUGUAAGUUUUAUCCAAGGGACUCGCUUGUAUUUGAUUUAAUAAGGGGGACAAAAACUCUGAACAGUUGUUUUGUCCAUAAUCACUUAGGUAAGGCAGGGAUUUGCCACCAGUGUACUGUAGUAAGCAGUAAUUUGUCAAAAAUAUUAAUUAUGAAUUCUUCCUUAUCCAUCACAGUGACUGUAUAAAGUCAGAACAAUAAAAUGUGCUUUGUACUUCCAUUAGAUAGCAGAAGGUACCAUUAAACUGUGUAUCCACUUGUUGUCACACAAGCGAAUACACAGAUGUGCGAGUGCAGCUUUGUGCUCAAUUAAUGCUGGGAAGAUUUCACAGAGUAAAUGAGUUUUUGAAUUAAUUCACAUGUCACUUUUCCAGUAUUUUUGUUUGGUGUCACUUUUCUAGUAUUUUUGUUUGGUGGUGUGCAGUGAGAGCUUAUGUAAAACGGGUGCCUUGGGUCAAUAAAGUUUGGGAAACACUGGGC